UGUGUGUGUGUGUGUAUGUGUAUGUGUGAAUGUGAGUGUGUGAGUGUAUGUGUGAAUGUGAGUGUGUGUGUGUGUGUGUGUGUGUGUCUGAGUGUGUGUGUGUCAGGAUUGUGCUGUAGGGGGCAGUGUGGGGUUUGUGACUUCUAAAAAUGUUCCAAGAUCAUAUACGUGUGACAUACUGAACACAGUAAUGGUGUGUAGGACGUCUCUGUAACUCGACCUCCUGCUCCACUACAAGACCUGCAACUGAAGACCUGCUUAUUUUCACUAUGGGAACUGAGAAUAAGGUGAUCAAGUGUAGAGCGGCUGUCGCUUGGGAACCUGGGAAGCCUGUCUCUGUAGAAGAAGUAGAAGUUGCUCCACCUAAAGACCAUGAAGUGAGAAUUAAGAUCGCAGCGAGCGGUGUGUGUCACACAGACUUCACGUAUCUGUAUGAUUGUGAUAAAGGAGUGAAGACUCUUCCGUUUCCUCUCAUUCUGGGUCAUGAAGGCAGCGGUGUGGUGGAGAGCGUCGGCCCGGGGGUGACCACUGUGAAGCCUGGUGAUAAGGUGAUCCCCGUCCUCCUGCCUUACUGUGAGGAGUGUCAGCUCUGUUUAAACCCAAAGACGAACCUCUGCACUAAGAACUGGCAGAAGCUUCAGCAGUGUGUUCAGGCUGAUGGUACGAGUCGUGUCACCUGUAAAGGGCAGCAGAUCUACCAGUUUGCAGGUGUGAGCACUUUCUCUGAAUACACCGUCGUUCCUGAAAACAACGUCGCUAAGAUCCACCAAGACGCAGCGCUGGAUAAAGUCUGUCUCCUUGGCUGUGGGGUUGCUACGGGAUACGGAGCAGCACUGAAUUCGGCCAAAGUGGAGCGCGGUACCGUCUGUGCCGUGUUCGGUCUGGGAGCCAUCGGGUUGGCCGCUGUGAUGGGCUGUAAAUCUGCAGGAGCUUCCAGGAUCAUCGGCGUCGACAUCAACUCCGAGAAAUGUGAAAUCGCCAAGAAGUUUGGCGUCACCGAGUUCGUGAACCCGAACGAUCACAACAAACCCAUUCAGGAGGUGCUGAUGGAGAUGACGGGUGGAGGAGCGGACUACAGCUUCGAGUGUGUGGGGAACGUCACACUUAUGAGGGCGGCGUUCGAGAGCUGCAGCGUCUCCACUGGAGUCUGUGUGAUUGUGGGAUGGACUGAAAACAAUCUCAUGUUGGUGUCACCUAAAGAUCUCGUGUUGGGACGAACGCUUAAAGGAUCCUUCUUGGGUGGAUGGAAGAGUGUGUGUAGCGUACCCAAACUGGUGGAGGACUACAUGAGCGGGCGAAUCAUGCUGGAUGAGUUUGUGACACACACGCUCCCUCUGGAGGGGAUUAACCAGGCCUUCGAUCUGAUGACCAAAGGGAAAAGCAUCCGAUCGGUGAUUAAAAUGUGAGCUUCGAGUAUCGAGUCUUUAACUGUGAAGACAUCAUCAGUCACCAUGACGACCGCAUCGAUCACCAUGACAACAGACACCCUUUCUCACACUGCACCGGUCCUCAGAGCUUCUGGUCUUCUGUAAAGUUUAAAGGGAAACAGCCGAAGACUGAAACUCAGGACAGGAGACGAUGUGUCUGUGUUUUUGUGGUUAUCGCUGCUGGUCAUGUGUUAGAGCUGAAAUAAAAAUAUUAAACAGUU